GGCGUCCAUUAUUGUUUGUUAUUUUUUGACUGAGAAAGAAAGCUUAUCGUUCGCAUAUUUUUUCAAAAUUUCGUCAUGCAAAUCUUCGUGAAGACCCUGACUGGCAAGACUAUCACUUUGGAAGUUGAACCAAGUGAUACAAUCGAGAAUGUCAAGACGAAAAUUCAAGAUAAAGAAGGCAUUCCUCCCGACCAACAGCGUUUGAUUUUCGCUGGCAAACAACUUGAAGACGGCAGAACCCUUUCCGACUACAAUAUCCAGAAAGAGUCAACCCUUCACCUUGUCCUUCGUCUUCGUGGCGGUAUGCAGAUUUUCGUGAAAACCCUGACUGGAAAAACCAUCACCCUUGAAGUGGAACCAAGCGACACAAUUGAGAAUGUGAAAACGAAAAUUCAAGACAAAGAAGGAAUCCCUCCUGACCAACAACGUCUGAUAUUCGCAGGAAAACAACUUGAAGAUGGCCGAACCCUUUCCGACUACAAUAUUCAGAAAGAAUCCACCCUUCACCUUGUCCUUCGUCUUCGUGGCGGUAUGCAGAUUUUCGUCAAAACCCUGACUGGAAAAACCAUCACCCUUGAAGUCGAACCCAGCGACACGAUUGAGAAUGUGAAGACAAAAAUUCAAGACAAAGAAGGAAUCCCUCCUGACCAACAACGACUGAUAUUCGCUGGAAAACAACUUGAAGAUGGCCGAACCCUUUCCGACUACAAUAUUCAGAAAGAAUCCACCCUUCAUCUUGUCCUUCGUCUUCGUGGCGGUAUGCAGAUUUUCGUCAAAACCCUGACUGGAAAAACCAUCACCCUUGAAGUCGAACCCAGCGACACGAUUGAAAAUGUGAAAACAAAGAUUCAAGAUAAAGAAGGAAUCCCUCCAGACCAACAACGUCUUAUUUUCGCUGGCAAACAACUUGAAGAUGGCCGAACCCUUUCUGACUACAAUAUUCAGAAAGAAUCAACCCUUCACCUUGUCCUUCGUCUUCGUGGUGGUAUGCAGAUCUUUGUGAAAACCCUGACUGGCAAGACCAUCACCCUUGAAGUGGAACCCAGUGAUACCAUUGAAAAUGUGAAGACGAAGAUUCAAGAUAAAGAAGGAAUCCCUCCAGACCAACAACGUCUGAUUUUCGCUGGCAAGCAACUUGAAGAUGGCCGAACCCUUUCCGACUACAAUAUCCAAAAAGAAUCAACUCUUCAUCUUGUUCUUCGUCUCCGUGGUGGUAUGCAGAUCUUUGUGAAAACCCUGACUGGCAAGACCAUCACCCUUGAAGUGGAACCCAGCGACACCAUUGAAAAUGUGAAAACGAAGAUUCAAGAUAAAGAAGGAAUCCCUCCAGACCAACAACGUCUUAUCUUUGCUGGCAAGCAACUUGAAGAUGGUCGCACACUGUCUGAUUACAACAUCCAAAAAGAGUCCACCCUUCAUCUUGUUCUUCGUCUCCGUGGUGGCAAUUAAGUUCCUGGUUUCCCAUUAAAAUUAAGUUCCUGGGCUCCCAUUGAACAGUGUUAUAACUUGCAAUAAGAAACUUUAAGACUGUAGUGAACUAAGUAUAAGGUAGUAUUAUGAACAUAUGUAUGAAAAACUUGUAAUGUUAAAAUAAAAAAUGAUACUAGUGGUUUCAGACCACUUUUUUGCACUUAAA